AUUGAAUAAAAAAUUCCCCUAUCAAAAUUCACAAUCAAAAUAUAGCCAGAAAUCACCGACCAGUCAAGGGGAUUCCUUAGUCCGGUGUCACUUCUUAUCAAUUGGUGUAAAGCACCUGUUGGCUUGGACUUCCCAGCAGCUGAGUGCUACUGAUAAGGCUUUCGUUAAGAAGAAAUGUAAAUCACAGAGAGAUCACUCGCUCAGAGAUCGUUUGCUAUAAAACGCGACAAGCACAGAUCCCAGCAUCCACAGUCUUCUAAAGGCAUUCAUCGAUAGUGAACCUAAGAGCAGUUUCAAAACCAAAACAAAAUCAAUGAUGUGCAAACUUACCUCCCUAAUUGUGGCCACAAUUUGUGUGUUUGGAGCUCUUUCCGAGGCUUUGCCUCAGCGUCGUCUGACUCAGCCACUGCUCGAGUACGCCUCAACCACAACUCCAACGGAAGAGCAUCACAGGCCACGUCGCCAGGUUUUGGGUGGUUCCCUGACCUCCAAUCCGAAUGGCGGUGCAGAUGCCCGCAUGGAGUUGAGCAAGGCCAUUGGCACGCCAAAUCACAAUGUAAUUGGACAGGUUUUUGCCGCGGGCAACACACAAACCAAGCCGGUCUCCACUCCAGUAACCAGCGGUGCCUCCUUGGCCUACAACAACCAAGGUCAUGGAAUCGAGCUAACCAAGACACACACGCCCGGAGUGCGGGACAGUUUCCAGCAGACAGCCACGGCCAAUUUGUUCAAUAAUGGAGUCCACAAUUUGGAUGCCAAGGCCUUUGCCUCACAGAACCAGCUGGCCAAUGGCUUCAAGUUUGAUCGGAACGGAGCUGGCCUGGACUAUUCGCACAUUAAUGGCCAUAGCGCCAGUCUGACGCACAGCAACAUUCCCGGUCUGGGCAAGCAGCUGGAGCUGGGAGCAAGGGCCAAUCUCUGGCAGUCGCAGGAUCGGAACACGCGACUGGAUUUGGGAAGUACAGCCUCCAAAUGGACCAGUGGACCCUUCAAGGGGCAGUCCGAUCUGGGCGCCAACCUCGGUCUAUCUCACUAUUUUGGCUAAAAAGGUUCAUUGUUAAAAAUUAUAAAUUAAUAAACUAAAGAAAAAUCUAAUAAAGGAU